AAUAGCGACGCUCGGCUCAGAUCUCGGCAGUAACUCGCGCCGCCUCCGCGUUCAUUUGUCAAACUCUAAUCAUUAACUCACAGCAGAGCUUUCCAACUCGAGCAGAGGAAGAGUCGAGUAAAGCGGAGACUAACACGACCGAGCCGAUCUGAGACGCUCCGAUCUUCAUCAUGAAGGAUUCAUAGACUUUCUGUUUCAAGUCAUACGCUGUGAUUUCGAGCUUUGUGGGUUUGAUGAUUAACGGUUGUGAUAACGGAGCAGAUAAGCAGGACUAAAGUCAACAAGUCCACACAGAGCGACUGACAUCAUGGAGCAGAACGAGGAAGUGCAGAGAGACUGGAAAGAACUGGAGCCGAGUCACGAGGUGAAGAUCUUCCUCACGGUGCUGUACAGCCUCAUCCUCGUCCUCGGGAUCCUGGGAAACAGCGUCACCAUCCACGUGUCUCAGCGGCUGCAGCGCAGCGGAUACCUGCAGAAGACCGUGACGGAUCACAUGCUGAGUCUGGCCUGCUCUGACCUGCUGGUGCUGUUGAUCGGGAUGCCCGUGGAGCUCUACAGCGCCAUCUGGUUCCCCUUCUCGUCCUCGUCCGGCGACGCCGCCUGCAGGAUCUACAGCUUUCUGUUCGAGGCCUGCAGCUACGCCACAGUCCUCAACAUCGCCUCGCUGAGCUUCGAGCGCUACCUGGCCAUCUGCCACCCGUUCCGCUAUAAAGCCGUGUCCGGCAGCCGCACGACGAAGCUGCUGCUGUCCGCCUGGAUCUCCUCGGCUCUCGUGGCUCUGCCGCUGCUCGUGGCCACAGGAACCGAAGGAGUUAUCCCUGAGGGCCGCCGGACUCCGGUGCAGAACCUGACCUUCUGCACUAACCUGAGCCAGCACUGGGUCAUGUACCGCACCAGCAUCUUCACCGCGUUCACGCUCUAUCUGCUCGUUCUGGGCGGCGUGGCCUUCAUGUGCAGAGCCAUGAUCGCUGUUCUGCGGGCCCCGAUGGGACCCAACGAAUCUGGUACAAACGGAGCUGGAGCCAAACACGAGAGCGCACGGCUGAAAGCGUCCCGCAAACAGACCAUCCUCUUCCUCGUGCUGAUCGUCUGCGCUCUGCUCGUGUGCUGGAUGCCCAAUCAGAUCCGCAGGCUGAUGACGGCGGCGGUGCCCAAGUCGGCGUGGACCGUGAGUUACCUGCGCAGCUAUGUGAAGCUUCAUCCGGUGGCCGACAGCUUCUUCUACCUGAGCUCGGUGCUGAACCCGCUGCUGUAUAACCUGUCCUCGCGCCAGUUCCGCUCGGCGUUCCUGCAGACGCUCCUGUGCCGUCUGUCGCUGCAGCACGUCAACAGAAGAACGCUGGAGAGCAGUCAGGCCACCAAGAGCUCCAGAAACACCUUUCGGCCCCUGCUGCGGCGAUCUCUGGACCACAUACGGAUGGUAACCGGUGACAGAUCAACGCCUCCAUCGUCAGCAGAGAGACAAAACCCUCCGAACCCCACCGACAGACCACUGACCUCUGAACCACAGGAGGACGAGAUAAACCAACCUACCGCACUACCUAACACUAACUAAUGAACAAACCAGCUGGAGAAGACUAUAGACCACCGUAGACCACAGCAGAACACCGUAGACCACAGCAGACCACAGCAGAACACAGUAGACCACAGCAGAACACUGUAGACCACAGCAGAACACCGUAGACCACAGCAGAACACUGUAGACCACAGCAGAACACAUAUUAACACUACAUAUUAACUCGAGGGUUGUGCAGCAGGGAAUCUGUGCUAAAUCUGUUUGUGUCAACAUCACUGAUGACCGUCUGACAUUCACUGUAUUUUAAUAAAGCACUAUUUACAGAAACCCUGUGAAGAAAAAAAACUGAGCAAAACAUAAAUCAAAAUAUGACAACAUAUUCAUAAAGGAGAAUCACAUUCAGAGCCAGAAUGAGUUUGCAAACUCUAAUCACAAUGCAGGACAUGAAGCUUGUGAAGGUCUGAAAUAAGAGCGAGGGACAAGAAACUGUAACCCUAAUGAAACCAGAACAAGCUCAGAAUUACAAUAGAGGCCACAUAAAACCAGUUUUGUGCUCAGACUAGAUGUUUUAUUCCCAUCAUCUAUAACCUUCACUAGUGACUAUCCUGAGCUGUGACUGACGUCAAAAAACACACUAAAAUAUUAGUGAUGUCAAUGUUUUUGGUCAGAAUAUACAGCUACUUGACUGUCAGAGCCUAACUGACCCAUGUUAACCAGCUAACCCGGUAAGUGAGGUGAGGACGCCCUCUGCUGAUGAACUGAAGAGUCUUAUAUGAGCUACUGUAACCUGAAAUACAGCAGGAACUAUCUCAGCUGGACACCACAUGCCAUAAGAAGUUAAUCUGAUCUCCUUCGCUGUGAUGUUUAAUCAUGAAAGCUGCUGUCCUGAGCUCUGUCUACAGAGAUUCAUGGCCUGUAAUAAGAAGCUCGAAGCCCCUGAACAACAGAGCAAUAAUACGAUGAGAUUCAUCCUAUUUACUUCAUCCUAUCUGGACGAGUUUAGGAUCCCCAAACCAUGACUUAUAUCUAAAUAGACAGCUGUCAUCCAGGCAUCUGUAAUGGUAUUUUAGCACAUUAUUAUGGUGGAACAUUCAUUAUAUGGAGACUUUACUGUGUUUCUACACCUCUAAAUGAAGCCACUGUCAAUCAAUUUAUUGAUGUUUUUUCCAUGAAUGAAAUGAAUUACAGCUACACUCACAUGAUAUUACAGUUGCAGAGUUAACGCGGAACAUUUAAGUCAUCAGAUGAUGCCUUGCUGUGGUUCUGUGAUUGCUUCCCUUACCAAAAAGUAGUAUACUUCAAGUUUA